UCUUUGCACAGACUCUGGGAAUACAGUUCCCAGUCGGACGGACACACAUGUCGGAUUCAGGUGUAAUGUGAGAACUCGGCCUCCUGGCUGUGUUACUUGCAGACUGUUUCAGGCUGAGAUAUCUACUGACAGUGAGCCGCUGCCACUCGCGCACACACACACUUCUCACUGAUCACACUGGCUUCUCUCCUGAGGACCGCAGCUGGUGUUUUGGAUGAAUGUGUUCUACUUUAGAUGUGAGGCGGUUGUAACCCCACGCCAGCCCGGAUUGGCUGUGAGAACCGGACCAGUGGGAAGUCGGAGUCGCUGUGUGCUGAGACAGUGAGCUCUCUGCUCAGCUCCGAGUGUGGGACAGCCCGGAGCCCAGCACCUCUCCACGCUCCGGGAAGCAACCGGGACCCGACCCCGACUGGCAACCCCCUCUCACAGUUCACCACAACCUGGGCGAGGCAGCGGCUUCAAGAGGAGACCGUGCGGAAUUGGACUGCUGCCAUUCUAGACCAGGAGCAUUUAAACCUGCAACCCCGCCUCUGGACCAGGAGCAAAUAAAUCUGCUCUCCCCUAGACCAGGAGCACCUGAACCUAGAGAGCCAGGGUCAGUGAGUGUGGACACAUCCAUUAACUCCUGGCACGCUGAAACUUCCUCGGUGGAUGCGCAGAGUUGGGUUUCAGCACCGCGGACAGCGCUAUGAGGAAGUCCCAGAGACGCUCCUUUCCCUGAGCCAAACCGUUGCAAUUUCGUUUCUAAUGAAUUUGGGACAACGAUAAUCUGUUGUCUCUUGUUCAAAGUUGGGGUGUCAGGAACGCGGGAUGUUUACUCUUUUAAACUCGGCAGGAAGUGUCCCGGGAGGCUGCAGUCUGCUCCUCAUCUGUUCCCUCUUCCCGUGCGGAUGCAUCUAUUGUCAGGAGAAGACUCAUUCUCAGGCUGAGGAGAGGCUCUUCAAACACCUCUUCACUGGCUACAAUCGGUGGUCCAGACCUGUCUCCAAUGCUUCAGAUGCCGUUAUCGUCAACUUUGGUCUUUCCAUCGCACAGCUCAUUGAUGUGGAUGAGAAAAACCAGAUGAUGACAACGAACGUUUGGCUCAAGCAGGAAUGGUAUGAUUAUAAGCUUACGUGGGAUGCUGCAGAGUUUGGCAAUGUAACUUCAAUCCGUGUCCCUUCUGAAAUGAUCUGGAUUCCUGACAUUGUUCUUUACAACAAUGCAGAUGGAGAGUUUGCAGUGACACACAUGACGAAGGCUCACCUCUUCUCAACGGGCCAGGUGCAGUGGGUGCCCCCAGCUAUCUACAAGAGCUCCUGCAGCAUUGACGUCACCUUCUUUCCUUUCGACCAGCAGAAUUGCAAAAUGAAGUUUGGCUCCUGGACGCACGACAAGUCUAAGAUUGAUCUGAGGAGCAUGAGCAGGAAUGUUGACCUUAAGGACUACUGGGAAAGUGGCGAGUGGGCAAUAGUCAAUGCAGUAGGGAUUUAUAACAACGAAAAAUAUGACUGUUGCUUCGAAGUGUACGUUGAUAUCACAUACUCCUUCAUUAUCAGGAGGCUCCCUCUCUUCUACACCAUUAACCUCAUCAUUCCCUGUUUACUCAUCUCUUGUUUGACUGUUUUGGUCUUCCAUUUACCAUCAGCCUGUGGAGAGAAGAUUACUCUUUGUAUCUCAGUAUUGUUGUCCCUGACUGUUUUCUUGCUGCUUAUUACUGAAAUCAUCCCCUCGACUUCACUGGUCAUUCCUUUAAUCGGAGAAUACCUACUCUUCACCAUGAUCUUCGUCACGCUCUCCAUUGUUAUCACGGUCUUUGUCCUCAACAUCCACCACCGCUCGCCCAACACCCACAAGAUGCCCAGGUGGGUGAGGAGGGUCUUCCUUGAUUUCAUCCCUCACUGGAUCUUCAUGAAGAGACCAAGAUCCAAAGCUGAGAUGUCCACCGAUCACUUCAGUCCGCUAGAAUUGAAACUUGGCCUGUCCAAAUGCUGCCCUCCCUUAAGGGGUCAGAAGCCAUGGUUUGACCUUAUCCCUUGCCAGCCCACUCUAGCGGGACCUUGUGUCCUCAGCUACCCAUGUCACCCCGAGUCAAGCAGGUCCACAGCGGGGAUGGUCGAUGGAAACUGCCGAGCCUGGCCAAGUAACACCACUCAGACAAGAGCCAAUCUGUCGCUGUCUCCCAGCAUCAUGAGAGCACUGGAGGGAGUGCAUUAUAUUGCCAACCAUCUCCGAGCUGAGGAUGCUGAUGUUUCAGUGAAGGAAGAUUGGAAAUAUGUUGCCAUGGUGAUUGACCGGAUUUUUCUCUGGAUAUUUAUCAUCGCCUGUUUGUUGGGAACGUUCGGACUUUUCCUCCCACCUUGCCUGGCUGGAAUGAUUUGAUGGCCUCUUUGUAAAGUAGGGAGAACUGGGAGUGUUUGAGCCAUAAGUGAGGGUGUGGUGUUAGGGAAAUGUUCAAAUGAACUCUCCCUUUCCUCUACCCCUCUGUGGACUUCCACCUCCCUACUCCAUUCCCUCAUUUCCCUAGUCCCAUUUACCCCAAACUCCCCUAGUCCCAUUUAACCCAAACUCACCCAUCCCCAGUUACCCCAAGCUCCCCACUCUGCCACCCUUCACUUUCCCCACCGCCCAACUGUGAUCUCCACUCCCCAACAGUGGCCCUCACGCCCCCACCACUCCCCCUUGCCCACUCUCCCACCCAUCCCCACACACAAUACCCUUCCACCCUCAACAUGCCCUACUACACAUUACAUCCUGCUAACCAGCCAUUUACUCACCCUACACCUCUCUACCCCAACCCCAACCACACCACUCGCUCACCAUCUUUCUCCCAAUUCCUGACCCACCUUCAUUAACCCUCUCCUCCCUACCAGUUACCCAUAUACACCCUAGCCUCCCCAGUCACUCCCACCAAGCCUGACCAGGAAUGCAGUAAAAUUGUUUUUGGGCACGAGGGAUUAACAUUACCCUCAAGUACUGACCUCACCUCUCUUCCUUGCUGAUUGUCUGAGAGCAAUCCAUAUUUUCAUGAAGCAUGUUAAAUAUUGUGAAUAACUAAUUAAAAUGUGGAUA